AUGACUUUCUUUACUCCAAAUAAUAGUAAUAUAAGUUUGGAAACGGAAUUGGCAGAGGAUCUGCCCCGGGAUGAGCGCUUGGCUCGAGUUGAAAUAGCCCUUUUGAGCGUCAUAUUUUUCAGUGCCGCAAUUUUAAACGUUGUACUGCUAUUGGUGCUGUGGAAGCGUCGGAAGCAGCUGUCGAGGAUGCGCGUCUUUGUUUUUCACCUUUGCCUGGCAGACCUGGUGGUCACCUUUUUCCAAGUUUGUCCGCAGCUGAUGUGGGAUAUAACGGACAGAUUCAUCGGUCCUGACAUUAUCUGCCGCCUGGUGAAAUACCUGCAGGUCGUUGGCAUGUUCGCCUCCACUUACAUGAUUGUAGUGAUGACCAUUGAUCGCUACCAAGCAAUCUGUAACCCAAUGGUGACUUUCCAAAGGCGCAGAGCGCGCUGGAACGUGCCUGUGUGCGUUGCAUGGUCCGUGUCCCUCAUCGGCAGUCUCCCUCAAGUGUUCAUCUUCUCCCGAGUUCAAAUCGCGCCUGGUGUCUAUGACUGCUGGGCUGACUUUAUCAAACCCUGGGGACUAAAAGCUUACGUGACCUGGACCACUCUGGUGAUAUUUGUGUUACCAAUCUUAACUGUUAUCGUUUGCCAGGUGCGUAUUUGCCGAGCUGUUCAAAUCAACUUUCACAUGAAAACUCAUCAAGUAUCGGGAAUUGUCACCAAACCUCUGCCCUCCAGGGCCAGUAGCGUUGCUGGGAUGUCCAAAGCCAGGAUUAAGACCGUGAAGAUGACUGUGGUUAUUGUUCUUGUCUAUGUUAUCUGUUGGACUCCUUUCUUCACUGUCCAGCUGUGGUCUGUCUGGGAUGUCCAAGCACCCACUGAGACUGCAACUUUCUCUAUCCUGAUGCUCCUGGCGAGUCUGAACAGCUGUGCAAACCCCUGCAUCUACCUGCUCUUCAGUGGGAAGCUCCCCAAGAGACUCACGGCGUUGAUGUGUGUUAGCCAGUCGGACAUGAAGGACUCCAUACAAGAGGAAGCCACUGUGGUCAGCUCCUUGUACAUCAGUUUUAAGAGCCUUUCCGAAUCCAGAUGAAAAAGCUGCACAGCGCUCUCUCUGGCUGAAAGAGCUUGAUGUAUAGAUAUAAAGAGCAUGUUACAUAUUCAGGUAAUUCUAAUAUCAUCUAUAUCAUAGGGGGGGAAAAAGAAAAUUAUUUUUGUACAUGAUAUACAGUACAAAAUGUUAGCACAUCUAUGUUUGUUUUUUGACACUGAAAAUGAAUAUAGACUGGGAGCUGUGUACAAAGACAUAAAUAGGCCUACUGACAAUGUUAAGAAACCUUGUUGCACAUGUAUAUUUGAACAUGGAGAUAAGGCUAAUGAUGAUUCAGAAAUGUUCUAAAUCUCACAGCAUGAUUUUGAACAUC